AAGUUUUGCACCAUUCUCUUAUCACACUUUUUCUCUCAAAAAAUGGCAAAUGUAAAAUUACAUGGAGCUUGGGCUAGUCCUUUUAGUUGUAGAGUGGUUUGGGCUCUGAAACUAAAAGGCAUACCAUAUGAAAACAUAGAAGAAGACAUUCCCAAUAACAAGAGCAAGUUGCUAUUACAAUACAAUCCAGUUCAUAAGAAGAUCCCAGUUCUCGUUCAUGGUGGAAAACCCGUUUGUGAGUCCAUGAUCAUCAUUGAAUACAUCGAUGAAACAUGGCCUCAAAAACCCUUUCUUCCUUCUGAUCCCUAUCAGAGAGCCCGUGCUCGGUUUUGGGUUAAAUUUGCAGACGAUAAGAGUUUUGUAGUUCGGACAUUACUCAUAAGUUCAGGAGAAGAACAAGAAAAGGCAAAAAACGAGAGCUUGGAAUUUCUGAGAACUAUAGAAGAGCAUGGUCUUGGAAACAAAAAGUUUUUUGGAGGAGAAGAAAUUGGAAUAGUGGAUAUUGCUUUUGGUUGGAUGUCUCUGUGGCUUGGAGUUUUUGAAGAAAUAGUAGGUGUGAAAUUGCUUGAAGCUCAUAUAUUUCCUCGUUUAUAUGCAUGGACCAAAAACUUCAAAGAAGUCCCUGUGAUCAAACAGAACCUUCCUGAUCGCCAUGAAUUGUUGUUGCUUUUCAAGGGUGUGAGGGAAAAGUCAUUAGGAUCUUCUUCUUCAUCGUGAAUAGAUUAAUAGCUGGUUAAUUUUCUGUGUUCCUUUUUUUUAGUGAUGGGUUGUCUAUGUUUUAAUAUAUUAUUUCUAAUUGGAUUAUCAUGCCAUGAAAUUUUCUAUCACACAUCAUAUGUAAUAAAAAAAAUUAUAAACGUUUAAAAAAGUGAUUUAGUGAAAA